AUGUUUAGUCGUUCUGCCAAAACCGAAGAUGAUUUACUCCACAACCUAUUUGAGGAACGCGACUUUUGUCCCGAUAAUGAAGAUUCUCAGAAUGAACCGCUAUGCUUGACUAGUAGCCUUCCUCACGUGCCCCUUCUGAGCGAAACCAUAACUGACGGCGACCUCAUACGAGCAGCUGGUCGUUUGAAUCCGGAAACCUACUCUGAAAGAGGAAGGACUAAGAGCCUCUUUGCUAAACAGUUGCUAAAAACCAGGAAUGGCGGGUGUUUGUCGAAAGAGAAGAUAGCCCCUGUUUCUAAGGGGUCAAAGAAGUCUGAACUGCCAGAUCCAAUCCGCUUGUUGGCAGACACUGGGCCAGUGACCAUUCGAGGCCAGGGACUUGCAGCCAACGAGGUUGUCCGAAUCCACGAAAACAAUAUCAAUUUACUGUCGCAACUGUCUGCCGAAGAGAUAAUGAAGGAACGUGAAGCCAUCAUAGCAUCCACAGCGCCAAACAUCGGUGGAAUGUCCGAACACCGUUCAGAUGCACCCGAACACGACAAAUCCGACACCAAUGUCCACUCGGUCCUCUCAUCUCUCGGUAUCGACGAAGACUCCACUUUUCCCCACAUGGACGUGGUGGAACCCGAGAAACUCGCGUGGAUGCAGGAUCUCCCGAAGACUGCCAAAUCUGCACCAGAUGUAAAGUCAGCUGAUCCCUCCGAGAAGCCGUGCAAUGCCAGAUUUGACCUCGAAGGACGAGUUGUGCCACCGAAUGCCGACAUCCCGACCCAUCUUGGUUUGCAUCACCAUGGCGAAGAACCAGAACGUGGAGGCUACACAAUCGACGAGAUCUUUCACCUGGCAUCUUCUACACAGCCCUCCCAACGUAGAAUAGCCUUGUCGUGCCUCGCUUCGGCUUUGGCGGCCUCGCGUCGAGGUCGCCACGGGGGAGCCCUGCAGACGUCCAGCCUUGUAUCUCCCCUCCUGUCUGCGCCCGCGGCAGUUUGCUUCCUUUUGAGGUGGUCACUCGAUAAAGCGGUCAGUGAGGUCACUCGAGUGGGUGCUCCCGGCGGCAGUGGUGGCGUCUCUUUGGCUGUUGUUUGUGAAUGUCUGCGAGCACUUGACAAUCUUCUCUCUGACGGCAAAGGGGAGAUUCUUCUGGAUGAGACUUUUGAAUGGACGCCCGAAGUUCGAGCCGUGGGUAAUUGUCGGCCUUCGUUGAUGAAGAAGCCGCACAAGUUCCACCCACAGCCCUACUCUGACAGCGAAAUGAUUGGCGAGAAAGAAAAAGACACCUCAGACCACGUCUCACUGAUGGCCGUCGAUCCUGUUGCCUGUCUGUUCGAGACGACAAAUUUGGCCUCCAGAUUCGCGUGGAUGUUGUCCUCAGGCUUGGGCAUUCAGUUUCCACCCGAUGUGGUUGCUCAUUGGCUGCCAUCGAUUUUGCUGAAAGGCGUUCGACACUCCCUUCCCUUGGCUUCAAAGAUUUUCAAUACACCAAAUUUAGUCGGUUCGCUUAUUGAAACUUUUUUACCAAUGACGUGGGACAACGCCGGUCCGCUAGCGCAGGACAACGACCAAUUAUCGGUUGCCUACGGAAUCCCCUUGCCUGGUGUGCUAAAACUGAUGCGUGUCUUUGCCCAGCGGAGUCUUAGUCAAAGAAUCACAUUGGUAAACAAAUGGAAUCUUGUAGAACGUUGUUUCGCAUAUCUGUUGCCAAAAGCGUCAUCCGGCGUACUUGAUCACCUCCCCUCGGCUCUUCCAACAAGGUUUCGUGUAAUGCUCCAAGUGGAGUCCCUUCGAUGUCUUUCGGUGUGCCUUGAAGGCGUGGAUCCUCCUACAAAAGCAGUCGAAAUAACUAGGGCUCUAUCAAACGCGCACGUCGACCAGGUUAAUGUUUGGGCAAACGACGCCCUUGAACAGGCUGUCAGUGUUUUUGUCUCAAAAGAAAACACGAAUUCGCUGCCAAUAAGUUUAACGGAAAUCCCAGGAACGUUGCCGUCACUUACUACCACUGCCUUCGAGCUCAUGUGCCUCCUUGGCAACCAGGGUCUUGUAACAAGGCGCGAACAAAUUUUUAACGGAUCGACGUGGAACGCCAUUUUUUCUCACUUCAUAAGGUAUCAGUCGGUGCUCACUGGGUUUCCCGGGAGACCUUCCCACGUAGACGUCGUCAAUCCCAUGUACUUCCCCUCUGACAAUGCAGAGCCGCCGUCCUUGCCAUGGACACGCCCCGACGUUGAACUCGACGAUGCCCUCUUGACGCCGAUCACCGUCUCCGCAGCCACACCCUGCCUGCCUGAUCUCGGCAUGGCCACGUGCCUGCUCUACCGCGGUGAAGAGGGUGCCGCAGCCACCUUGCCCUGCCUGUGGUGGCCCCCGUCCACGCCAACUUACCCCGUUGCGGUUGUCGAACCUGUUGACUUGGCGACUUCUCUAGAAGCGAAAUCGCCCAGUUUUUUGCCGCUUAUUGAGGCUGCUGUAAGGUGUUGUGACUUUGCCAAGCUGAUGCCUUGGUGUCAGCGACUUGUUCGACUGAAAAUCCCACCAAUCAUGGCAAAGGGGGCCACCGCUCUGCCCCAUGGACUGUUAGCCAUCGAAACUGAAUUGAUGGGGCGGGCUCUCUUGAAUGCAUUCAGUACUGGAAAACAGACUUCAAACGAUGAUUUGUGGUGGACUUCGUUGUGUCUUCUGCCUUGUUUAUUCUUUGGGCAGGAGGCUCGCCUUUUGGACAUUAUUCGAAGGCUUGUGUUCCCGCCCGACGCCUUGACGCCCGUUGAACGCGACUUUCCUGCCGAAUUUGCGAGCACCUCUGCGCCCUGGCCCCCUGUCCAUGAGAAUUUUCCCACCGCUUUAGCACACCACGCACACUGUGUGUACACGGCGUACUUUGUCGAUUUGUUGCAGAGAAGUGCUGAUGCACCUCUGCCAAAAUACCAGGCUCUGGAGUUUCGGCCGGCGUGUGACUUCAUCCUGCCCGAUGACUGGUUCUACAUGCCACUGCUAGAAUGCUACUUUUUGCGGAAUUGUCGACUUGCUGGAAAGGCCUGUGGAGAUGAUCACGUGUCAGCUGGUGCAUUAGACCCUGAGCGGCGUAUUCUCAAGGUCACAUCUAUAACUAAUGGCUCCUCGUUGCAUCAGUUGUUCAUCUCCUUAUACUUUGAGCUCUCAUCUAUCAGACACUACAUUGCCUACUUAAGGCGCAUCAUUUGA